UCAGUCUCCUCCCGAGCCCAGCCCUGGCCGGCGAGAGCGGAGGCGAGCGCGAGCCGGAGCCGGAGACCGGGCCUCGGACCAGGGAGGCGGAGGGCCAGAGAAGGCAGCGGACCCGAGCGGAGGGUCGCGCUCGGGCCCCCCCCCCCCCCCGCCGCGUUCGCGUUCUCCUGGCGGUUCCCGCAUAAAUGUCGAAAAUAUUUCCUGCGAAGCGUAAGAUUCUCUGAUUGUGAACGUGCCCCACACGCACCGUUGACUAUAAAGUGAAGAAAAGUAUGAGAGAGCCAUCUGGUUAAGUCUCCACUUUGAAGACCACCACAUCCCCAGAAGACCCAGGAUGGAUCUGCACCAAAGCACUGCCAUCACUUUCCUUGAGAAAUGGUGUUUGGAUAAGUCACUGUCUGGCUACAGGAGACAUUAUAGUGUCAGGAAAAAACUGAAGUUAAUUCGAAUCGUAGGCCUUCUCCUGGGCCUAGUAGCCAUUAGCACUGUCUCGUUUUCAAUCAGUGCCUUUUCUGAGACAGAGACCAAGAAUACGGAAGAGGCCGUUGGCGCAAGUGGCCCUAAGGUAGCACACGGUUACCGUCAAAGAACUCUCUUAGAUUUGAAUGACAAGAUUCUGGAUUAUACUCCACAGCCACCUCUUUCUCAGGAAGGCAAAUCCGAGAAUACAACAGAUCAUGCCCAAGGAGACUACCCAAGAGACAUCUUUUCCCUGGAGGAGCGAAGGAAAGGCGCCAUCAUUCUCCAUGUCAUUGGAAUGAUCUACAUGUUCAUAGCUUUAGCCAUCGUCUGUGAUGAGUUCUUUGUUCCUUCUUUAACUGUCAUCACUGAGAAAUUGGGCAUCUCUGAUGAUGUGGCUGGAGCCACCUUUAUGGCUGCUGGGGGCUCGGCCCCAGAACUUUUUACAUCUCUCAUAGGGGUAUUUAUUGCUCACAGCAAUGUUGGCAUAGGCACAAUCGUGGGCUCAGCAGUGUUCAAUAUCCUUUUUGUUAUUGGCAUGUGUGCUCUGUUUUCUAGAGAAAUCUUAAACCUGACAUGGUGGCCGCUCUUUCGGGAUGUGUCCUUCUACAUCGUUGACUUGAUCAUGCUGAUCAUAUUUUUCCUGGAUAAUGUGAUCAUGUGGUGGGAAAGCUUGCUUCUCUUAACAGCUUAUUUUGGCUAUGUGGUUUUCAUGAAAUUCAACGUCCAAGUAGAAAGAUGGGUGAAGCAAAUGAUAAAUCGCAAUAAAGUCGUCAAAGUGACAGCACCAGAGGCCCAAGCAAAGUCGUCCACAGCCAGGGACAAGGAUGAGCCGGCUCUACCGGCUAAGCCACGUCUCCAGCGAGGUGGAAGUUCUGCCUCCCUCCAUAACAGCCUCAUGAGGAACAGCAUCUUCCAGCUCAUGAUUCACACCCUUGACCCACUCGCUGAAGAACUUGGAUCAUAUGGAAAACUAAAAUAUUAUGACACAAUGACUGAAGAAGGGAGGUUCAGAGAAAAGGCUUCUAUUCUCCACAAGAUCGCCAAGAAGAAAUGCCAGGUGGAUGAGAACGAGAGGCAGAACGGGGCUGCCAAUCACGUGGAAAAAAUCGAGCUCCCAAACAGCACCAGCACAGAGGUUGAAAUGACACCAACCAGUGAUGCUUCAGAACCUGUGCAAAAUGGAAAUCUCUCCCACACCAUGGAAGCCGCAGAAGCCCAGACCACAGAGACGGGUGAAGAGGAGGACCAGCCUCUCAGCCUGGCCUGGCCUACCAACCCCCGCAAGCAAGUCACGUUCCUAAUUGUUUUACCCAUAGUGUUUCCUCUCUGGAUCACCUUGCCUGACGUCCGCAAACCUUCAUCAAGGAAGUUCUUUCCCAUCACGUUCUUCGGCUCCAUCACCUGGAUUGCUGUAUUCUCUUACUUGAUGGUGUGGUGGGCACACCAGGUUGGAGAGACAAUUGGCAUUAGUGAAGAGAUUAUGGGCCUGACCAUCUUGGCUGCUGGAACCUCCAUCCCUGAUCUUAUCACCAGUGUCAUAGUGGCCCGGAAGGGGCUUGGGGACAUGGCUGUGUCCAGCUCUGUUGGAAGCAACAUUUUUGACAUCACUGUAGGGCUUCCACUGCCCUGGCUCCUGUAUACCAUCAUUCACAGGUUCCAACCGGUGGCUGUCAGCAGCAAUGGCCUCUUCUGUGCCAUCGUCCUCCUCUUCAUCAUGCUGCUCUUCGUCAUCCUCUCCAUUGCCCUCUGCAAAUGGCGGAUGAACAAAGUGCUGGGCUUCAUCAUGUUCGGCCUCUACUUUGUGUUCCUGGUGGUCAGCGUCCUCCUAGAAGACAGAAUUCUUGUGUGCCCUGUCUCCAUCUAGUAGGAAAAGCCAUAUCCUGAACCAACAGCGUGGAUGGCCCCUCCCUGCCCUGGGUUCUAGGCUCCUUGACCUCUCCAGAAGAGGCAGUUGGCACACAGCCGUGGGCAUUUCAGAGCGUCCUUCCCUAGCGGAUUUGAGGAUGGAUGGAUUUACGCUGGGCCCACUCAUUUCACGAGCUGCUGCCAACCUUGCCUACUGAAACAGCUCCACACAAGAACCGUCCAUUUUGGGGCUUCUCUCCGAUUCACCACUGACAGGUACUCCUCGCUGGUCGGAGGUACAUUCAUUGUAAUGAUGCAAACGAUGACAGAGGCUCUCUCUAUAUACACAUACAAAAUAUACAAAUUAUAAAUAGAUGCACAUGAACAUACCCCCGCCUGCUCCUGUAUUAUACCUCUCCUUUCAUACCUAUAGAGUCAUACAUACCUGUAUACAAACACAAAGAAAGAAAAAUUUUAUAUAUAUAUAUAUAUAAAUUUUAUAUAUAUAUAUAUAUAUAUAUAAAAUCAUCACAUAUAUAUAUAAAUACAAAUGCAUCUUUUCAGGGAUAGCUCUAGUAUAUUUAUAGCACCUAUUUGAAGAGGGGCAUCAACCUUCAGUCUGAGCUUUACCUCUUAAGUACAAGAGGUAAACUAAUAGAAUCAUUGCUGUGACCUUCAGCCUACCUUGGACUUAUUGGGAUCCUGCCAGGCAACGUGGAUGUUAUAGAGGAAUAUGUUGCAGGAAGGAGGGCUUGGUGGAGAGGGUCUGUAGGGACCCUGAGCUGAGACCUCCAAAACAUUCCCACCAGCCAAACAGUGAAGACUAUUUGCCCACCCCUGCUGGGCACGCUGACCAAAACCCAUGGGGCCACUUGGGACAGACAGAGGUAAAACCCAGAGUGGGUGGAUAUUGCUUUGGAGGCAGGGGAGAGGUUACCAGGGUUGGGGUUUUUUGGAUUUUUUUAUAUAUAUUGCCCCAGCAUGCAAGUAGAAAAUGUAACUGCAAACCAAAUUAGUGCUCUCCUAGGACAACGAGAUUAUAUAAACUGAACCUAUACUGUUCUAAUGCAUGUCCCAUUAUCAUCAAAAGGGGGGGGGGGCAGAUUUAACUGUGAUUGUAAUUUAGGUGUAUUUUGAUGCUAAGGGCUCACAUAUCAUCAAAAUGCCUGCCAAGAGAGCCUGGGACAGGUGAUAAGAAAUAUCAUCCAGUAGAGGGGCUCAAUGGAACUUGCCACCUAAUGGGAAUAUAAGGGCAUGGUUCUUAAAGCAUCUUCCAGUGCGGUUCACAAAGGGCUUCAGUGUCUAAAGAAAUUAUUAUUCCUGCAAUAGAAAUAAACAAUCUAAUCUAUAGUGCUUGGGUUGAGGCAGCUUAGAGAUGUUUGGAAAGGCAUCUGUGCACCCCGUGCACUGAGGAAGGUUUCUGAGGCCUAUGUUUAGCGGUGCCAGGACGAGGGGGUGGGUAGAGCCCAGGCAAAACCUGCGUUUCUCCCUCCAUCAAGACCCUACGUGGGACUCUUGCUGGCUUAGAGAGUCCACCGAAGAUGUCUUCGUGCUGGCCUCAAGCCAGUCACUCCAAGGUUUUGAUCUCCUGAUUUUGCCAGGAUUCACGCGACAUUUUCAUUUCAUUCACUCCAUGCCCCCAAAUUCUGUUUGAUACCUUGUAUGAUUUCUCAGAUCUGUGUCAAUAGAAAAUAAAACCAUCAGGGGGAAGAAAAGGCAAACUGAAAUCGAUGAGAAAAUAUAGAUUUUCAUGUCUCCAAGUCAUGCUUUCCUUAUAAUCAGUUGAAAAAGGAAGUAGAGGAUGGCCCAUUAUUCUGUACCCACCUUCCAUCUCAGCUGGGACACACUACGCGCGACAUGUGUUCUUGUCUCCGGUUUACCGUGUCCCUGAUACCUGCUAUGAUCCUGUCGUGAGCACAUACCUCCUAACACAGGGAGACAGGAUGCAGGACUCACAACCAAAUAGAGAGGAAGGGAGACCUGACAGCCCCAGAUCAGGCUCAGUAUUCCUUCCACAGAACCCCAGCUCACUCCACAGAGCGUGGCAGUAACAGGCGGUGUCCCUCAUUGCUCUUCGCCCCCAAGCGAAAAGCACUUCUGAGUGGAGGCUCACGUGGGAAAAACAAGAAAUCAAGAUGGCUGCCACACAGGAGGCGAGACUUCGAGUCUCUCCAACUUUGCCAAGUCAGGUGUUCAGUUGUGUCAGAAAAACCCGCGUCUCCUUCAUCAAGGGCAGGAUGUUGUAUUGAGGCAAGAAUUUGUGCUAUUUCCUUAGGGUGAAAGAGAAUGGGUGAGUGAACUUCUUGUUCAAAACUGUGGUUGGUUUCCCUGUGCAUUACUUGAAGGGGAGCAAACUGGGUCCUUGCGUGAGUUACGUUUUAUUGGCUGGUCUGUUAUUCAAAAGAAGGUUUGAGUAGGGGACUGUAACUCAACUGCACAUAAACUAUGUGAAACCAAAAAGGACAAGGGAGACCCACCACGGCCCUGUUCUUGGGCCGGCACUUACUAAUGUCCCCUGCCUCCUCACUCCCUCCCAUUCAUUCCCAGCUCACAGUGAAGACCCAUCCAGGCAGCCACAGAGCAUUUUACUUGUAUGGGGCUCCAUUCUAGAGGAGGUGUUGUGGUCAUUGAUGAGAAGUUGCACUUGAAAAGACCAUGCUUCCCAGCCCAUUCCCACCCCUGUGAUGUGCACUGAGCACAAUGUACGACAAGCAAUGUUCCCUGGCUGGCUGGUGUGCAGGCACCCUUCCCCUGCCACUGCCUGACCCAAGCAUGUGUCUGUGGGGUGAUGUGUUGGGCCAGGGCAAACCCAGAGAGCAGUGUAUAGAAUGCAGCAGUGAAUCUUUAAAAACAAUCAAACCACUAACGUAAUUAUGAGAAAGAACUUUCCUGAGCAGGUCACCUCCAACACUCCCCCUGCAUGUCUGUGCAUAUACUUAUAUAAAUACGUCUUUACGCCACAUCUGUACAUACACAGUCACGUCAUCAUUUACAUCAUCAGCCUCUGACCCAGUCACCUUCAGGAUUCAAAAUCAGGGCACAUCAAGUUUGUCAUAGUGAAGGAAAAGGAAAGUCACGCACACCAACACCCAAAGGGAACAUUUCUUCCUGAUCUUGUAAGACUUGUUCUGUGCAUGUGUACAUGCAAACCUACACAUACGCUCCCUUCCCAUAUAUUUUCCCACCUCAAGAGUAUACAGUUAUAUACAGCCUAUGGAAAUGGCCAGCCAUACAUACCCCUCAUGCUGAUGUAGAGGCAAAGAAUACACAACAGAAAAACUUAGACCCUAGAUUUUCUUUACUUUCUUGUAGCAAGGUAUAUAAAGCAAUAU